AUGGAUCAACAUAUUUUCCAUCGUAGUUGGAUGUACGAUAGAAAAUAUCCGGGGAAAAGGAAACUUAAGGCGGCUUUUGUGGAUGGAGUUCGUGAAUUUGUUGCUUACGCCAUGGCGCAAGAUGCCUUUCAAUUGGAGGGAGGGAUAAGAUGUCCGUGUGUUAAAUGUACGUGUAGGUUGAUUCGGAGCCCAAAAGAUGUUCUAAACCAUUUAAAGGACAUUGGUUUUAUGGAGAAUUAUUAUGUGUGGAUUUAUCACGAUGAACAAGAGCCAACAAAUAAUACCGAGUCUGAUGUUAAUAUGCACGCUUCAAGCAGCGAGGCGCGUAUGGAGUGUGAAAACUUUGGCGUGAUGGAAGAUAUGGUCGGUGAUGCACUUGGGGUGAACCUGUCUUACAACGAGGGUGGUGAAGAGGAAACAAUCCCGAAUGAGAAAGCGUUGAAGUUUUACAAGAUGAUGCAAGAAGUAAACAAGCCGUUGUUUGAAGGGUCGUCUGAUUCUAAGUUAUCAAUGAGUGUGAGGCUUUUAGCUGCCGCAUCAGAUUGGAGUGUAGCCGAAGAAGGCUCAGAGUGUUAUACAGAUAUCAUGAGGGACGCAACUCCUGUAAAGGACAAUUUGCCCUUGAGUUUUUAUGAGGCUCAAAAGUUGGUGGAGAAGUUGGGAUUGGAAGUUAAAAUUAUUGAUUGUUGCGUUAAUGGGUGCAUGUUGUUUUACGACAACGAAUUUGGUAAAAAUGAUGGGGCGUUGGUGGCGUGUAAAUUUUGCAAUGCACCGAGGUAUGAAGUAUGGGAUGAUGUCGGUUCUCAAAAGAAGAAACGAGUCUCAAUCAAGUCAAUGUUUUAUCUGCCAAUAAUACCAAGAUUACAGAGAUUGUUUGCAUCAACUCACAUGGCUGAUAAAAUGACCUGGCAUUAUUACAAUAAAACUAAUUCAGGUGUGAUGCGACAUCCUUGUGACGGGGUGGCAUGGAAGCACUUUGAUCAAGUACAUCGUGAUUUUGCAGAAGAUCCACGUAAUGUGAGGCUUGGAUUAUGCUCUGAUGGAUUUAUUCCAUAUAUCCAAGCAUCAGCAACACCUUAUUCUUGUUGGCCAAUUCUUCUUACCCCGUAUAAUCUUCCUCCUGAGAUGUGCAUGUCAAAGCCUUAUUUGUUUUUGAGUUGUAUUGUACCAGGACCUACGAGCCCAUUAGAUGGUAUAGAUGUGUAUCUACAACCCUUAAUUGAUGAUUUGAAUAGAUUGUGGAACGGUGUAUCGACAUAUGAUAUUGCAAGGAAGAAAAAUUUUAGAAUGAGGGCAGCUCUGAUGUGGACUAUUAACGACUUUCCUGCAUAUGGAAUGUUGUCUGGAUGGUCGACUCAUGGAAGAUUGGCUUGUCCACAUUGCAUGGAACAAACAAAGGCCAUAUGGUUGCAUCACGGAAGAAAGCAUUCGUGGUUUGACUGUCAUCGUCCGUUUUUACCCGCGACACAUGAAUUUCGUAAGAAGAAGAAUUUGUUUACUAAAGGAAAAACAGAAAAAGAUGGCCCGCCUCCUAGGACGACAUCAGAGGAAGUAUACCGUAGAGUCAAUGAACUAGGACUUUUGAAAUUCACAGAUGUUGGCAAAAGAGUCAGACACCCACAAUACGGUAACGAGCACCAUUGGACCAAAAGAAGUAUCUUCUGGGAUCUCCCUUACUGGAAAGAUAAUUUACUGAGACAUAAUCUUGAUGUUAUGCACAUUGAAAAGAACUUUUGUGACAAUAUAAUUCACACAGUGAUGAAUGUCUCUGGUAAAACAAAAGAUAAUGAGAAGGCUAGAAUGGACUUGCCAUUGCAUUGUAAGAGACCAGAAAUGGAGCUACAACUUCUUCAAAAUGGAAAAUAUCUAAAACCCAAGGCUGUUUAUAGUCUUACUGCUGAUGAAGCAAAAUCUGUUUGUCAAUGGUUGAAAGAGUUGAGGAUGCCAGACGGAUAUUGUUCUAACUUGUCGAGGUGUGCCGACGUCAACUCAGGAAGACUGCAUAGAAUGAAAAGUCAUGAUUCCCACGUUUUCUUGGAACGCUUACUUCCAAUUGCGUUUAGCUCAUUGCCAAACAAUGUCUUAAACCCCUUGACUGAAAUUAGCCUUUUUUUUAAAGACUUGUGCGCUUCAACCUUGAGGAUGGAUGAACUUGUUAAAAUGGAUCAAAAUAUGCCUAUCACUCUUUGUAAACUAGAGCAAGUUUUUCCCCCGGGUUUCUUUGAUUCUAUGGAACAUCUUCCUGUGCAUCUCGCAUACGAAGCUUGGCUCGGUGGACCUGUUCAAUAUAGGUGGAUGUAUCCUUUUGAAAGGUUCAUGGGUUAUGCAAAGCGAAUGGUGAGAAAUAAAGCAAGGGUUGAGGGAUCAAUAGUUGCAGCUUAUGUGCGUCGGGAAACAAACUAUUUCAUCUCUCAUUACUUCAACCCGUUGAUGUUGACCCCAAGAAAUACACGACAUGAAUUUAUUGUUGAAAAUGAAGGGUUUCAGUCUGCCUUAUCAGUUUUUCGUCACCAAGGACGUCCUUGUCAUCCAGGGAAAUAUUACUGGAUGAACGACGCAGAGUUGCAGUCAGCGACAAUUCAUGUGAUGAUUAAUUGUAGCGAAGUUGGACCAUACAUUGAGAUAUUUCAAGGAUUAAAUAUCGGCAACAUAUAUACAAGUUUUCAAGGAUGGUUUAAGCAUCAAUUGUUAAAUUCUCAUCCGACUACACAAAUAUAUCAUUUGAGGGGAUUAGCCGAAGGUCCGGGAAGAAAAGUCAAACAAUGGGACACUUACUUUGUCAAUGGGUUUAAAUUUCAUACUCAAUCACGGUCAGUGGGCAAAAAAACAAUUAACAGUGGUGUUUACGUCAAAGGAAUCAGUGAUGGAGGUGAAGAUGACUUCUAUGGUGUGAUCAAACACAUAUUUGAAGUAACUUACCUAUAUGUAGAUCAACCUAACAAAGUUGUAUUGUUUUAUUGUGACUGGUUUGACCCUGCAAAUGGGAUGAAAAUUGAUCCAAAGCAUAAAACUGUUGAUGUACGAAUGAACAGGAUGUAUAAUGCAUUUGACCCUUUCAUUUUGGCAAGUAAAGUUAGUCAAGUGUAUUAUGUACCCUAUCCUUCUCAUCACCGGCGCAAACAUGGAUGGCGUGCUGCUAUCAAGUGUAAACCAAGAGGUAAAUUUGAGACAGAAGUUCCAGAUAAAGAAAUACCUUACCAAGAUGAUGAAAUAUCACAAGUUCCAGAUGUGAUUGAAGUUGAUCCUGUUACAAAUUUGGUUGACAGAGAUGUUGACGGUCAACAACUUGAUGCUGAAACGUUAGCUCAAAUGUUACUUAUUGACACUGAUAGUGGGGAGGAGUCAAGUAACUCUAGAGACAAUGAGGAAGAUGCAAAUAACCAUGACAACAACAAUGUGGAUGAUUUUUAUUGUGACGAUGAUGAAUAA